AUGUUCCGCACUCCCGUCAUAAAUGAUACAGAGCUUGACACGAAAAUUCUACAAUGGGACCUAUAUUUGAGGUGGACGCCCUAUGACAAUCCGGACUUCCAUGUUUUGAGGAAGGCCGCACAAUUGACGUUUACCAGAUACCUGAAGCAUGGGUCUUUUCACGAUCUACAGGACAGCAUAGUUCUUCAGGAACGCGUGUUGGACCACCCGUCAGUUCAAAAUGCGCACUCUUAUGGAUCCCUGGGCGCACUAGCCAUCGCUUUGGCAGAGCGCUGGUACCAGAUCUCGCAGGUGGAAGAUAUCCAGAGAGCCAUAUCUCUUCACGAGGAAGCUUUGGACUUGCACGUCACACCAGACGAGGAUAGGGCGUUGCUGUUAGGAAAUCUUGCCUUGACGCUCAUAUAUCAGGAUUUGUCCGAUGCUCAACCGCUCCGCAUUCGCCGAACGAUCUUCUUACUCCGAGAAGCCUUGGCCAUCUCUCCCAUUUGCAAUGACACGGCAGCGAUUCUCAACGCCAGGCUCGGCCGUGCUCUUGAACGGUUCUACUCAUGCUCAGAGGGACAGAUGAGCGAUCUGGAUGAGGCGAUCUCGGUCUGUAGGAAGGCAGUUGACCUUCUUCCCGCAGGCCAUGUCGAUCGGCCUGAGGCCCUGAUGUCUCUUUCGAAUGCUAUCGGCCGGAAGGAUGCCAAAAGCCGGGGCCCAGGCGCGGAAGAGUGCCGUUUCUUGUACCGUCUAACUCUCGACGAGAUGUCUCCCACCCACCCGCGUCGCGUAUCAUGCCUCUCAUCCCUAGCGUAUCUGCUGUGCAUAGCAUACGACACCAAGAGGGGGAGUAGAGCCGACCUUGAUGAAGGCCUUCAAAUGUGUCACGAAGCUAUGGCCUUGCUCGAUCCCGCGCACCUGAUAUAUCCGGCCGUCGUCGGCCGGCUCGGUGUGGCAUUGUCAUGCCGUUUCUCAUAUUUCCCGCAAAAUCGAGAGGACCUGGACUACAGCAUCCUGUUGCAUGAGAAAGCGAUGCAUGCAGAUCCCCUCUCAAGCGCAUCGCGGUAUAUCCAUGUGCACAAUCUCGCACAUGCACUUGAAAUACGCUAUAACAAGUUCAAAGAUGUAGCCGAUCUGCAGCGAGCAAUCGAGCUGGGUCGAGAAGCGCUCGAACUUUGCCCACCUGGCCAUCCCGACCAUCAUUACAGCGCUGGGGUCUUAUCUCUACGCCUCAUACUUCAUCCAUCUGUCUCAAUUUCAGCGAUUGACGAGAUGGUGGACCUCUUCGCUGCGAUCUUGCGAGACGAGUUCGAGCCCACGCGUACAGGCAGAUCUACUCCACUCAAUACCACCGCUCGCCUCUUUCAUGCUCGAUUUCUACGUUCUGGAGAGCCCAGUGACUGGAGUCGGUGUAUGGAACUCUUUGAGGCUGCGACAGCAGAUCCGUACUCCGACUACGUGGAACGAUUCGAGGCAGCAAAGGAAUGGAUCACCGUAACACAGUCCUCGAACUCGACGGAAGCCACAAUGAAGGCGUAUCAGAUGGCCGUUGACAUAUCGCCUCAUCGCAUUUACCCUGCGCUGGACCUUUCGUCACAACUGGACAAUCUCAAGCGCGAGUUCGCGUCCGUCUCGUGCGAUGCAGCUGGGUGCGCGCUGGCAUUAGCAGAUACUCUCCGAGCAGCAACCAUGCUCGAACAGGGCCGAGCUACAUUCUGGUCGCAACGGCUCCAGCUUCGAUCAUCGUUCAAAGGUCUGCCCCAGGAGCUCGCUGACCGGCUUUUUGAAUCCUCCAGGAAGAUGGAGGAGUAUACCGAUUUGAAGCGAUCCCCCAGUGCAUCCGGAGAGCAAAAGCUGCUUCAGCAGCGAGCGCAACACGAAUCCUUUCAGCAGCUAGUCAGAGAAGUCCGCACCUAUCCAGGUUAUCACGAGUUCCUGCAACCACCUGGGAACGACUCGCUCGUCAAAGCUGCGGAGAAAGGGUCCUUGGUCAUGUUGCUUUCCAGCCGACACUAUGGUUCCUUUGCGAUAAUUAUCCGGCACCAUUCCUCUGUUGCGGAGCACAUACCCUUCCCUUCCCUUGAUUUUGAUGACUUAACAAAGAUGGCGGGGUCAUUCCAACACAGUGUACGGCGAGUCCGUGAGGAAUGGCGCAGUGAAGCACGAGAGGGACACUUCCGCUUGAAGCUUGACAAACGCAGAUUGGUUCCUGAAGAGGAACCAGACAUUAUGACACGCCUGUGGACGACGGUUGCUGAGCCUAUCAUACGCCGCCUUGGAUUGAAGAAAUGUCCCUCGUACGAUACUCGGCCACGAAUAUGGUGGUGUUGCGCUGGGCCCUUCGCAUCACUCCCCAUCCACGCCGCGGGAAGGGCAGGCGUUAACGCAGAAUACCUCUCAGACUACGUUCUUUCCUCCUACGUCCCUACAAUCGGUUGUCUCACCCAGGCAAGGAGUUAUGCGCACUCCAUGCCAUUGGAGGUGAAGAAGGUUCUAAUCGUUGCAGAGCCGGAAGUCGAGGGUCAGGUUCCUCUCCCAAAUGCUAUCGCCGAGCGCCAGAUAAUUUACAAUAAGCUUCGGGAGAAAGGCGUGCCCUUGUCAUCACAGCCAAAGCCUCUCGCGAGGCAGCGUUUGACGGAUAUCCUGCGAGACAUGGAAGAUGCGUCCAUCGUGCAUCUCGCGUGCCAUGGACGUCAGGAUCCCGACGAGCCGUUAUCGAGCGGGUUCGUGCUACGGGAUGGUCGGUUAACCAUAUCCGAUGUGAUUCGACUCAAACUCCACAACACCCACUUCGCGUUCCUCGCUGCCUGCGAGAGCGCUUCCGGGGAUCGCGAGCAGCCCGAUGAAGCGAUACACCUAGGUGCAGCCAUGCUGUUCAUGGGCGUAAAGAGCGUAGUAGGAACAUUAUGGCGAGCAUCUGCUCUUCAGUCAUCACGAGCGAAGCUGAUGGCUUUGCAGGUCGAUGGAUGA